UGUCAAUUGUCAUCGACAUUCGCAACUAGAUCUAACCUAUUUGAAAUAAUCGACCAUUUACUGUGUAUUUAACAUUUAUUUAAACAAAAGCAUUAAAUAAAAUGGGAAAACAACGAAAAACUCGUAAAAUUGUGGAAAAGCGGUUCGCACAAAUGAAGAAGAUGAUAAGUCCUAGUGAUAGUCGGAUAAAGAAAAGUGACAGAGCGGCUCCAAAGAAAAAGAAACCAGAAGACCCUCACAAACUGAAGAUUCGCGAAGCGCCGCAAGCAAGCUCAGCGCUGUUCUUCCAAUACAACACUCAGUUAGGGCCUCCGUAUCACAUACUAAUCGAUACCAACUUCAUCAAUUUCUCCAUCAAGAACAAAUUGGACAUAAUGCAGAAUAUGAUGGACUGUUUGUAUGCAAAAUGCAUUCCAUACAUAACUGAUUGUGUUUUGGCCGAGUUGGAAAAACUUGGUCGUAAAUAUCGGGUAGCACUUAGGAUAAUAAAGGACCCUCGAUUUGAAAGGAUUACUUGUCUCCACAAGGGCACUUAUGCUGAUGAUUGCAUAGUGCAGAGAGUGACCCAGCACAAGUGCUUUAUAGUUGCCACCAAUGACAAGGACUUGAAGAGGAGAAUACGGAAGAUACCAGGCGUGCCUAUUAUGUAUGUUGCAGACCAUAAAUACACAAUAGAGCGAAUGCCAGAUGCCUAUGGGGCACCAAAGGGAGCUAUUUAGCAUUAAACUUAGUUUUAAUUGUCA